GGUAGCGCUAGCGCUAGUCAACAAUUGACUGCAGUGUUGUGUGAGUGGUGCCGGUUCCUUGAUUUUUAAUAUUUUUGCGUUUUCUCAAUUUUUUACGAAUAUGACAAAUUCCGAACAGAAAGUGCCUUGCUUUUUAGUAUUAGAGGAUGGAACUAUACUGCCAGGGGAGUCGUUUGGAGCCCAAAAAGCUGUAGAAGGCGAAGUUGUUUUUCAAACUGGUAUGGUAGGAUAUCCUGAAUCGUUGACAGAUCCGAGUUAUCACGCACAAAUCCUGAUUCUUACCUACCCUAUUAUUGGAAAUUAUGGAGUUCCCGAAGAAAAGAAAGACGAAAACGAUUUACCAUAUUUUUUCGAAUCUAACCGAAUAUGGGCCUCAGCGUUGGUGGUUGGAGAACAUUGCAACUAUCCCAGUCAUUGGCGCAGCACUAGAACAUUGUCGGCUUGGAUGGCCCAAGAAAACGUGCCGGGUAUCCAAGGAAUCGACACCAGGCAACUCACCAAGAAAAUUCGCGAGCAUGGUACUAUGUUGGGAAAGAUUGUUUACCGCUUACCUUUGCCUGCUGAAGUAGGUUCUAUUCUGGAUCCUAAUUUAAGGAAUUUAGUUGCUGAAGUAUCCAUACAGAAACCUGUCACGUAUAAUAUAAAUGGAACUCCAAGAAUUUGCGCCGUUGAUUGUGGACUGAAAUAUAAUCAAAUAAGAUGUCUUCUUAAGCGAGGAGCUCGAGUAGAUGUUGUACCUUGGAACCACAAACUGAAUAUUGAAGAUUAUGAUGGACUCUUUCUCAGCAACGGGCCUGGAAAUCCAGAAAUGUGCAAAGAAACUAUAGCAAAUGUUAAAGCAGUGGUAGAAAACAACAAAGUGAAGCCAAUUUUUGGUAUAUGUCUGGGUCACCAACUCCUAUCAAUGGCUAUCGGUUGCAGUAGUUACAAAAUGAAAUACGGAAAUCGAGGACACAACCAACCUUGUGUUCAUCAUGAUACUGGAAGAUGCUACAUGACCUCUCAGAAUCAUGGUUUUGCCGUAGAUACAAAGUCUCUGCCAGAGAGUUGGGAACCUCUUUUCACAAAUGUUAAUGAUAAAACCAACGAAGGUAUAAUCCAUACGAAAUUACCAUACUUCAGCGUUCAAUUUCAUCCAGAACAUAUGGCCGGACCAGAAGAUCUAGAAUGUCUCUUUGACAUAUUUAUAGAAGCAGUUAAAAAUGGCAUUAAAACUAAUAUUAAAGAAUUAAUGACUAACAAAUUAAAAUUUAAAAUUGAAAAGCCUAUAGCUCAACUGCAACUAAAAAAAAUUCUUAUAAUAGGUUCCGGCGGUUUAUCAAUUGGACAAGCCGGAGAAUUUGACUACUCAGGAUCUCAAGCCAUUAAGGCUCUAAAAGAAGCCAACAUACAAACGGUACUUAUCAAUCCAAAUAUUGCCACUGUGCAAACAUCGAAGGGUAUGGCUGAUAAAGUGUAUUUUCUACCUUUGGUGCCCGAAUAUGUCGAACAAGUUAUCUGUUCUGAAAGACCUAGUGGUGUCUUACUAACAUUCGGUGGACAAACGGGCUUAAAUUGCGGAGUAGAACUGGAAAGACUUGGAGUAUUUGAGAAGUAUAACUGUAAAAUACUAGGUACUCCUAUUCAAGCAAUUAUAGAUACGGAAGAUCGUAAGAUAUUUAGCGAAAGAAUAGCUGAAAUAGGAGAACAAGUUGCUCCAAGUAUGGCCGCUCAUUCUGUUCAAGAAGCUCUAGAAGCCGCAGAUAUUUUAGGCUAUCCAGUAAUGGCGAGAGCUGCUUUUUCUCUUGGAGGUCUAGGUUCAGGUUUUGCCAACAAUAAAGAUGAAUUAAAAACUUUAGCUUUGCAGGCUCUAGCUCACUCUAGCCAACUAAUUAUCGAUAAAUCGUUGAAAGGAUGGAAAGAAGUAGAAUAUGAAGUUGUGAGAGAUGCCUUUGACAAUUGUAUAACAGUUUGUAACAUGGAAAAUGUAGAUCCUUUGGGAAUACACACCGGAGAGUCUAUAGUAGUAGCACCCAGUCAGACACUUUCCAAUAAAGAAUAUAACAUGCUUAGGUCCACAGCUAUUAAAGUAAUAAGACAUUUCGGCGUAGUAGGAGAAUGUAAUAUACAGUAUGCUCUGAACCCCAAUUCUGAAGAAUUUUAUAUUAUCGAAGUUAAUGCUAGACUUUCAAGAAGUUCUGCGUUAGCUAGCAAGGCUACGGCUAUCCUUUGGCCUACGUGGCAGCAAAACUAGCGUUGGGAGUAUCUCUGCCUGACAUUAAUAAUUCAGUUACAGGUGUUACAACUGCGUGCUUCGAACCAAGUUUGGAUUAUUGUGUUGUUAAAAUUCCCAGAUGGGAUCUUCAUAAGUUUACCCGAGUGAGCAGCAAAAUUGGAAGUUCUAUGAAGAGUGUCGGAGAAGUGAUGUCAAUCGGUAGGAAAUUUGAAGAAGCUUUUCAGAAAGCUUUACGUAUGGUUGACGAGAACGUUACCGGUUUUGAUCCUUAUUUGAAGCCUGUUAACGAUGAAGAGCUCAAAGAACCAACUGACAAGAGAAUGUUUGUGUUAGCAGCUGCUUUGAAACAAAACUAUUCGAUAGAAAAGCUGUACGAACUUACAAAAAUAGACAGAUGGUUUUUGCAGAAAAUGAAAAAUAUAAUCGAUUGUUUAACUUGUCUGGAGACCUUCGACCAGUAUUCUUUAACCCACGGGACUCUUCUUAGGGCUAAGCAGAUUGGAUUUUCUGAUAAACAAAUAGCUGCUGCUGUUAAAAGUACUGAACUGGCAAUCCGAACGCAACGUGAAGAAUUCCAAAUUACACCUUUUGUAAAACAAAUAGAUACAGUUGCGGCAGAAUGGCCUGCUACAACAAACUACCUUUAUGUAACUUAUAAUGCUGACAGUCAUGAUUUACAGUUCGAAGAACAACACACCAUGGUGUUAGGUUCAGGAGUUUAUCGUAUAGGAAGCUCUGUAGAAUUCGAUUCUUGUGCAGUGGGAUGUCUGCGCGAACUACGCAGGUUAAACAUGAAGACCAUAAUGAUAAAUUACAAUCCGGAAACAGUUAGUACUGAUUAUGAUAUGUCAGAUAGAUUAUACUUUGAAGAAAUUUCUUUCGAAACUGUGAUGGAUAUCUAUAAUAUUGAAAAUCCCACUGGAGUUAUUUUAUCGGUAGGAGGUCAAUUACCCAAUAACAUAGCAAUGGAUCUGCAUAGACAGAAAGCUAGAAUUCUAGGAACAUCUCCAGAUUCUAUCGAUGGAGCUGAAAAUCGUUUCAAGUUUUCCCGUAUGUUGGAUAGAAUUGGCAUUAUGCAACCUCGAUGGAAAGAGCUAACAAAUCUAAAAUCGGCAAUAGAAUUUUGUGAAGAGGUGGGUUAUCCUUGCUUAGUACGACCAUCAUACGUACUUAGUGGAGCUGCUAUGAAUGUUGCUCAUUCAAAUCAAGAUCUUGAAACUUACCUCAAUGCAGCAAGUGAUGUAAGUAAAGAACAUCCUGUAGUUAUCUCCAAAUUUUUACUUGAAAGCAAAGAAAUUGAUGUAGACGCUGUAGCUUGUGAUGGCAUUAUUCUUUGUAUGGCUGUGUCAGAACACGUAGAAAACGCUGGAGUACAUUCAGGAGAUGCCACACUGGUAACACCACCUCAAGACAUUAAUGCUGAAACUCUGUCCAAAAUAAAAUACAUAGUAAAAUCAAUAGCCGCUUCACUAGACAUCAGCGGUCCCUUCAAUAUGCAGCUAAUAGCCAAAGACAAUGAUCUAAAAGUUAUCGAGUGCAAUGUACGAGUAUCAAGAUCUUUUCCUUUUGUAUCGAAAACUUUAAAUCACGAUUUUGUUGCUAUGGCUACAAGGGUUAUGGUUGGUGAGGAAGUAGAACCUGUAGAUGUACUGGAAGGUUGUGGUAGAGUUGGAGUAAAGGUGCCACAGUUUUCAUUCUCGAGAUUAGCUGGGGCUGACUUCAUGUUGGGUGUAGAAAUGGCCUCGACAGGAGAAGUUGCCUGUUUUGGAGAGAAUCGAUAUGAAGCCUAUUUGAAGGCCAUGAUGAGUACAGGUUUUAGUAUUCCAGAAAAAUCAAUUUUGUUAUCCAUUGGAACGUUUAAGCAUAAAAUGGAACUGCUGCCAAGUAUCGCUUCGUUACAGAAAAUGGGAUAUAAACUUUAUGCAAGUUUAGGGACUGCAGAUUUCUACAGUGAACAUGGAGUCCAAGUAGAAUCAGUACAAUGGACUUUCGACUCAAUAGAUGACAUUACAAGUCAAGGUGAACUAAAACCUCUAGCAGAAUUUCUGUCCAAAAAGCAAUUUGAUCUUGUCAUCAAUUUGCCAAUGAGAAAUGGCGGUGCCAGAAGAGUGUCCUCUUUUAUGACGCAUGGAUAUAGAACUAGAAGAUUGGCCAUAGAUUAUUCCAUCCCACUGAUAACAGAUGUAAAGUGUGCUAAGUUGCUGGUGGAAGCCCUACGUAUUAUUGGAAAAGCCCCUUCGAUGAAAACUCACAUCGAUUGUAUCAGUUCGCGCAACAUAGUAAAGCUUCCAGGUUUUAUAGACAUCCACGUCCACGUGAGAGAACCUGGAGCCACGUACAAAGAAGACUACGCAUCGUGCACAGCUGCUGCUCUCGCUGGAGGUGUCACUCUUAUUUGUGCGAUGCCUAACACAAAUCCCGCCAUUGUUGACGAGGAGUCUUUUGCGUUGGUUAAAAGGUUGGCUAAAGAAGGCGCCAGGUGUGAUUAUGCUUUAUUCGUAGGCGCUUCUUCGGACAACACAUCAAUGAUCUCUGAGUUAGCAGCAGAAGCUGCAGGAUUAAAAAUGUACCUUAAUGAGACAUUCACCACUCUCCGUCUAGGGGACCUUGACGUCUGGUCCAAACAUCUAGCCAAUUGGCCAAAGAGAGCACCUCUUUGCGUCCACGCUGAGUCUCAGACCACAGCAGCAAUUAUUCUUUUGGCUAGUCUCCAAAAUAGACCAGUUCAUAUAUGUCACGUUGCCAGAAAAGAAGAAAUAUUAAUAAUUAAGGCAGCAAAGGAAAAAGGAUUAAAAGUUACAUGCGAAGUGUGUCCUCACCAUCUAUUUCUUUCAACGAAUGAUAUCGAGAAAAUCGGAGUCACAAAGAGUCAGGUUAGACCAGUUUUGGUAUCCCCAGAAGACCAGCAGGCUCUUUGGGAUAAUCUCAGCAUUAUUGACUGUUUUGCCACAGAUCAUGCACCUCACACAAUUGAAGAAAAGCUUAGCGAGAAAGCUCCCCCGGGCUUCCCAGGAUUAGAAACAAUUUUACCGCUUCUACUUAAUGCAGUCAAUGAAGGUAGAAUAACUUUGGAGGAUCUUAUAAAUAAGUUCCACAAGAAUCCUAAAAGAAUAUUUAAUUUGCCCGAACAGCACAACACAUACGUUGAAGUAGAUAUGGAAGAAGAAUGGAUUAUUCCCGAAGCUAUGAGUUAUAGUAAGGCCAAGUGGACACCAUUUGCAGGAAAAAAAAUAAAAGGCGCUGUCCAUAGAGUUGUUCUUCGUGGAGAGGUAGCCUAUGUUGAGGGGCAAGUUUUAGUUCAACCAGGUUUUGGUCAGAAUGUUAGGGAAUGGGAUAAAAGAUUGUAUACUACUUCCGUCGAAAUGAGCCGACCUUCCUCAACUUUGGCAUUGGACAGACCUUUAUCACCGUAUUUAUUAAACAACAGCCUUGAAUAUGAUAAUGAUAGGCAGACUAAUGAGAUAUUCUCCAAACUUCUAUCUGGAGAAGGUAAAGUCCACUUUGCCAAUGAAGCACAAACUUUCGAUUCUAGGAUAUUGUCUCCUAUUCCACCACGAAUUAGAACGGAAAGUUUCUCAAACACGGCUGACAAAAAGUCCAAGGCUGAUAUUGUUUCGGAUCAGGCACAACCACAUCACAUUUCCCAUCAUCACCAUCCUUGGUUUAACAAGCACAUCGUAAGCGUAGACACAUUUACAAAAGAUGAACUAAAUGAUAUCUUUAAUUUAGCGCAAACUUUAAGGGCGUAUGUCGUUAAAGACAAACCUUUGGAUCACGUUUUAAGAGGUAAAAUAAUGGCUUCUAUGUUCUAUGAAGUGAGCACAAGAACGAGUUGUAGUUUCGCAGCAGCCAUGCAAAGACUUGGUGGAAGAGUAAUAUAUAUGGAUGAAACAAGUUCUUCAGUUAAGAAAGGGGAAUCACUAGCAGAUUCUGUGGUUAUUAUGGCAGGAUACGCUGAUGUAGUAGUUUUACGACACCCUAUUCCUGGCUCAAUACAAAAAGCUUCACAUCACUGCAGAAAAGCUUUAAUAAAUGCCGGUGAUGGUAUAGGAGAGCAUCCAACCCAAGCUCUAUUGGAUAUUUUCACGAUAAGAGACGAAAUUGGUACAGUUAAUGGACUUACCAUUACUUUGGUAGGUGAUUUGAAAAAUGGACGAACCGUUCAUUCUUUGGCAAGGCUGUUGACUUUAUACAAUGUGCAAUUAAGAUAUGUCAGUCCGCCAAAUUUGAAAAUGCCUCAACAUGUAACGGCUUUUGUAAAAUCCAAAGGUAUACCCCAAGAAGAAUAUAGUAAGUUAGAAGAUAUUCUACCUGAGACAGAUGUUUUAUAUAUGACUAGAAUACAACGAGAGAGAUUUACUAACCAAGAAGAAUAUGAUGAGGCUUGUGGACACUUUGUAGUAACUCCAAAAUUGAUGACUCGUGCCAAAAAGAAGAUGAUCGUUCUCCAUCCUCUUCCCAGAGUAUUUGAAAUAAGUCCAGAAUUUGACACAGAUCCAAGAGCGGCUUAUUUCCGUCAAGCUGAAUGCGGUAUGUACGUCAGGAUGGCAGUUCUUGCAAUGCUUUUGGGAAAAUGUUAAAUUCUGUUUUAAUGUGCUAAAUUAUACAUUCCAUUUUUAUAAAACCGAAAUGAUGAUAAAGAUUAAUUUUUUAUAAAAAA